CCUAUACAUAACGAAAGCACUAUCAAGCUCUACAUCAAAUCACACGUCGCGAUAAAUUUGAGCAGAUCCCUCUCGUCAUUCCAUUUGCCUUCACCGUAAAACGAAAGCCAUGGCUUCUACCGCUUCACCCUAUCAACUAGGCAACCCCCUUAGCAAGGUUCAGGCGGACGCCGCGGACGGGCAAAGGCAACACGCAGCGUGGAGCCCAUACGAUGACAACGGCGGAACCGUGGUUGCGGUGGCGGGAGAGGACUACUGCAUCGUGGCCGCGAGCACGCGCAUGUCCACCGGCUUCAGCAUCCUCACGCGCGAGGCGACCAUGAUGCUGCAGCUGUCGGACAAGGUGGUGAUCGCCAGCGCGGGCAUGCAGGCGGACCGCAAGGCGCUGCACAAGCUGCUGCAGGCCCGGCACGUCAUGUACGUGCACAACCACGGCCGCCCCAUGUCGCUACCAGCCACAGCGCAGCUGCUGUCCAACACGCUCUACUACAAGCGCUUCUUCCCCUUCUACACCUUCAACCUGUGCGCCGGGCUGGACGAGCAGGGCCGCGGAGCCGUGUACAACUACGACGCCAUCGGCUCCUACGAGCGCUCCGGCUACUUCUGCCAGGGCAGCGGCAAGGAGUUGAUCCAGCCGGUGCUGGACAACCAGCUCAAGGCCGCCAGUCCGCUGGCGCUGCCGCCGCAGAACACACUCACCGCCCUGCCGCUGGAGCAGGCGCUGGACCUUGUGAAGGACGCCUUCGUGUCCGCCGGCGAGCGCGACAUUUACACGGGCGACCAGGUGGAGAUCCUCAUCAUCACGCGGGAGGGCGUGCGCCGCGACUCGCUGCAGCUCAAGCUGGACUAGUGGGAGGGCUGUGGAGGUGUGGAAGUGUGUGUGUGGGGGGGGGGGGUGCCGCAACUCCCUACGGCGGAGGCUGGACUGAUUUAGUGGAAGGAGGGAGGGCUGUGGAGGCGGGAGGGGGCCGCCGGGCCGCGGCUGUUUGUGGGUGGGGGUGUUUUGGGGAUUUGAGGGUUGGGGUUUGAGGUGUCCGGAUUGGACCAGGUGUGUCUGAGGACUAGCUGUGUGCGUGCGUUGUAGGGAAGGCUGGGAGCGCACGUUAUGUCAGGUGUCUAGGUGCUUCAUGUUUGGGGCUGCGCUGGUGAGGUGCUGCGCUGGCAGUCGGAGGGGGCAAAGCAAGGCUUGGAGCGGCACAGCUUUGGCCGCGGGGAGCUGGCGAGACCCAGACCUAGCGGUAUGCUGCGGCUUUGUGCAUGGUGCGGCUCUGUGUGAGCUGCGGCUCUGUGUGUUUUUUGGGGGGGAGGGGGAGGGCAAGUGGUGGUGCCGGUGUGGCGGAGGCCAGGAGGCGGCGAUUGGAGAGGAGCGGGGAGAGGCGCACGACCGGUGUACGGAAGGAGGUGGUGUGUGUGUAGGGGGGGGGGGGGCGGUGAUGCGGCGGCUGCGGUGGAGCUGCUGACGCCGCCGGGAAGAGUUAUGAAAGCGAACCAUUGAUUGCCGCCUGCAGGGGCUUCACGUCUCGCCGGCAGUGCAGUUGCAAUAGUAAGGUCAGCCGCG